CAAAAAAGAAAAAUGGCGGACGUACUAAUAAUGCUUUAAAAUAAGCCGAUCAUUUGCCAUUGUUUGCCUUCACUUCAUAUUCAUAAACUUUGAUUGCCCUUUUUAUUCGUAUUCUUCUUAUGCUUUGAAUGGUUUGCAGGAUUGCAAUCAAUAAUCUUUAUUGCUCAAGAGUCAUAUGAAAAGACUCUUAGUGACAAGAAAGUGUUCGACAUGAGUAAAUCUGGCACAAAGAGUGCAAGAAUUGGUACUUUACUAGAGCAGUUACAGAAACUUAGUCUGGCUGUGACUGAGAGCAAAUAUGAACAGGAAAAGGACUUUGAUCAACUGCGAUAUAUUACUAAUAAAGUCCAACAAAUGCUCUCUACACAAGAAAAAAUUAGAAAAGACAUGAUGACCAAGCAUACAGAUGGCAUUUCAACUUURCUUGACAUACUUGAGUUGUCAAAUGAUUCACAGCUGACAAUGAAUGUAAUGGGAUGUCUUUCAGAGCUUCUCACUACAGGGAAAAGGGCAUCUGUUCUUGCUGCAAAGGGUGCAGUUGAUAUUGUAUUGAAAAUUAUAGUCAAUGCAAGUCAUGAAAACCCACUGAAUGAAGAGGUAAUCCUGUUAGGUCAUGUACUGCUCACCAAGGUUGGACCAAAAGACCGCAAGUUCUGCAUCAAAGCACGACUAACGGGAGCAAUCCAUAUCACCCUGGCAUUGAUAAGGAACAAUACUACAAACUUUAGAGUCCUACAGCCAACUCUACUGGUUAUGAAACAAUACACUUCUAAUGCUGUGAAUUGUAAUACCCUUAGCAAGGAUGGAGCUGUUGCGGUUUUGUUUAAGAUUGUCGUGGCUUGUGGACAUAAAAGAAUCACCUGUUUGAAGCUAGUACUGGAAGUACUCUCAUCACUUGUGAAAUCAAAGAGCAGUGCCUUCAAGGCUGUUAAGUAUGGUGCUGUACCAAUCUUACUACAAAUGUUCUGUGACUGGCAUCGUACUGAUCACCAUAAUCGACAAACUGCUGUGAGGAAAUGCAUCAUCAGCGUCUUGAAAAGUAUCACCAUGACAAAGUCAGGCAAGAAGGCAUUUAUCCAAUCAGAUGGGAUCAAGAUAUUAUACUCCUUAUCAUUAGAAUCUCUUGAGAGUCAUGAACUUGAUGGUGUCAACACUAUCUGCAGCCAAAUUCUCAGACGAUGUUUCCCUGUCAACAAACUUCCCAUUCCCUGCUAUUCCUCUCCGCUAUCAUUCCCUCUACUGGAUUUAGACAGUGCACUUAACCAUACAGUGGAAGCAGAAGAUGAUGCUGAAGGAGACAGUGGAGAAGAGGAAGACGAGUCAUCAGACUUGGAAUCUGAAGACGAGUUGAGUAGUUCUGUUAAAGAAGACAAAGAAGAAACAUCCAGUAAAGUUCAAAAUGGAGAUGAAGAGAACAUACAACUAGAGGGAAAACAGAAGGGACGAGAUGAUUUGCAGAUGUAUGAGAAGUUCUUCCCUGAGCAAGUGGAAUAUCAGGUUGUAAAUGAUGAUUCCAUGUACAGUCAUUCUACUUUAGGUGAUGCUAUCAUGAUCCCAACCGCUUCUGAUGAUCCGCUAAGCCCUUUGUCAAGUCUUUCUAAUUUAUAUUCGGGUCCGGAUUCUUUUUCAAACAAUGUGCUACAAGAUGGUGGUUCAAGUUCUUCACAGUCACCUCGAGAAUGCACAAGUCAAGAGAAGCUUGGUAACCAGUCACACAUCACAAGUCGAAGCUCAUCUGCUGCUGAAAAUCUUCACAGUGUUCUACCCAUCAUUAAACAGGCUUCCCCAGAAAUAUACGGCCAUUAUCCACCUACUGAACAAGAACCACUUAGACCAAAGAAAAGUAGUCUUCAAAGGACAAUGAUUUUGCAGGACAUUGAAAGAGUGAUUCAACCAAAAAAAGUACUGGAAAGAGUGGUGUUUGAUUUGGAUGAGUUGUUAAAGGAGAAUGGAGCUGAAUCAAAUACCAACCUAAAAGAACCAACCAAAACCAGGGAAAACCUGUCCAGAAAAGGCAGCACAAGUAGCAGCUCAAGCUCAUCAGAAUUGGACAGAAUGUCAAGUGAUGAUGGAAGCAGGUCCUUAAAGUUCGAGUCAAGAUUCGAAUGUGGCAAUUUACGAAAAGCAAUUCAGGUGAGAGAGCAUGAAUAUGACCUGAUCCUGAGUUCUGACAUCAACAAUCGAAGAUAUCAUCAAUGGUUCUAUUUUGAGGUCAGUAACAUGGAAGCUGAUGUUCCCUACAAAUUCAACAUUCUCAAUUGUUUUAAAGUCAACAGCCAAUUUAAUUUUGGAAUGCAGCCAGUAAUGUACAGCACCCAGGAAGCAUUAGCUGGACAACCAGGAUGGAUAAGAACAGGAACAAAUAUAUGUUACUACAGGAAUCAAUACUGUCGUGUUGGAGACAACCAUGGAGGCAAAACUUACUUUACUACGACUUUUACUAUACGAUUUCCUUACUCUGAAGACACAUGCUAUCUGGCUUACCAUUACCCAUACUCCUAUACCAUGCUACAGGAGCACUUAUCUCAUCUGGAGGCAUCUGUUGAUAGAGAUAUAUUCUUCCAUCGUGCCACUUUAUGCCACACCCUGGCUGGUAACCCAUGUAACGUAAUUACCAUUACAGCAGCACCUCGCUCUAGGGAUGAUCUGUCACUCAAGGCAUUUCGAGACCGGCCUUAUGUUUUUCUGACGUCUCGUGUACAUCCCAGUGAGACCAACUCUAGUUGGGUAAUGAAGGGCGUAUUGGAUUUUCUAACCAGUGACUACUACACGGCCAAGAAUUUAAGGGACAGAUUUAUCUUCAAGAUAGUACCAAUGCUAAAUAUAGACGGGGUGGUCAAUGGAAGUCAUCGUUGUUCAUUAUCAGGAGAUGAUCUGAACCGACAAUGGUUGAACCCUAGUAUGAUCUUGCAUCCUAUUAUAUACCAUACCAAGGGGUUAUUGCAGUACUUGAAGAAUAUCAACAAACCGCCUAUUGUUUACUGUGAUUUUCAUGGCCACUCUAGGAAAAAGAAUGUGUUUAUGUAUGGUUGUAAUAAAGCAGGAACCUUACCAUCAUCUUUAAGUUCUUCAGUAGAAGUAGAAGCAGGUAACAGGAAUACGGAACGUAGUGGCCUACAAAUGUCUGAGACAGAUUCAUCAAGCAGUAUGGAUGCUAGUGAUGUACUUGAAGAUGCAGAAUACAGGUCAUUGCCAAGAGUUCUUCAUAACAUUGCACCAACAUUCAGCAUGGGUAGUUGUAGUUUUCUUGUAGAGCCGUCAAAAGAAUCUACAGCACGUGUAGUUGUUUGGCGAGAAAUUGGCGUCAUAAGAAGCUAUACAAUGGAAAGUACUUAUUGUGGGUGUGAUCAAGGCCCGUAUAAGGGCUAUCAUAUUGGUACACGUGAACAUGAAGAAAUGGGGCGCUUUUUAUGCGCAGGCAUUUUAAAGAUUGGAAGACCUUAUUUAAAACAGAACUCAUCAAAUCAAUUAUCUCAGUCAAGUGAUACCAACUCUGAUUCUAGAAUCAAUGUGUCAUCAGAAAAUUGGAUUCGAACAAGUGAUCUGUUUGUACCAAUAUCUGCCAUGCCCUGUGAUUACUGAAGCAGUGAUGAAGCUAAGACACCCAAUACUGGCUGGGUGGCUGGAUAGAUAGAUUAGUAAUAAGGACUUUUGAUGAAUGGGGUACAUGGUCAGUGUUAACCUCCUAUCUAACCUAAAUCCUUAGGGUUGCCAUGCAAAUUUUCAAAGAUAAAUGUUAUGUGACAACAUGACUGUCGUAAAAGAAUGUCUGAGUAGGGGGGUAAGUUUGUGCUUCUCCAGAGUUGAUUAGAAACACUACCAAAGUCUGUUAUUCAAUCCAGGAUAAGCACUAAUCUGGCCCAGCUGGUUAGUUAACAGUAUUCUUUUAUUAUUAUGUUAAUAUAUUAGUGUGACAUAACAUAUAUUAUUAUUCAACAAUUAAUUGAAAUCAUUUUAUUACCAAUGAAAAUAUACAUUUUCUUCCAAAUUUAGGGGCUUAAAGUGCAGUCGUUAUCCCUGUGCGACAUAAUCAAAUUAGUUAGAACCUUUAACAACCACCAAUAUCGGCUUAAUGCAAACUUAGUAAAUAAAUGAAAAAUAACAUGCUGAUUCAGAAUUCACACACGAAUAUUUACAAUGAACCAUGCAUUCAUGUUUAAUCGCACCUGAAUAAACCUUGAUUACAUGUAGUUCCCUAAAAAAUAAAGUGAUGAAAGUAUA